AUGGUUUCCACACCACCUGAAGGAGAAGGCCUCAACAUGAUGUGGUGGGCAGCGCGCCACCCACCAGCAAAUCCCACAACGUCUUUCGCUGGUCAAACCGUCCUAAUCACCGGGGCCAAUACAGGGCUAGGCUACGAGGCCGCUCUUAAAUUCGCUGCGCUUGGUGCCUCGCGAAUCAUCUUCGGCGUACGAUCGCUCCGCAAAGGCGAAGAAGCACGAGCCAAGAUAUGCCAGCAAACCGGUUACAAGCCGAGCAAUAUCCAGCUAUACGAAAUAGACAUGAGCACUUUUGCCUCAGUCAAGGCGUUGGCCGAGGCAACUGCCAAGGAACCUCGCCUGGAUAUUGCGAUCCUCAAUGCCGGUAUAGCGGCACCAUCCUAUCAGCUCAGCCCGGAGGGAUACGAAAUGUCUCUGCAAGUGAUGGUUCUCUCCACCGCUUUAUUGGCGAUACUCCUUCUACCGCAGCUUCGGAAAUCGGCUGCUAAGUCUGGCACACCUGCACAUCUCGAGCUGGUGGGAAGUAUUGCUGGUCGCGCUGUAUACCCCGAUACGUUCUCGCCGAAUGAUGCCAAGAUCCUGGAUCAAGUCAACCAUGCUGGCUUUUUCGGCAUACAGAAACAGUACAAUGUUACAAAGCUCCUGCUUUUUUAUGUGAUGGAAGGUCUCGUUACAUCUACUAGCAGCCUCAAUGUCAUCAUCAACGCUGUCUGUCCAGGACCUUGUCGAACUAGCUUGGGUCGGGACUUUUCGACUGUGCUGAAGAUUCCAAUGGCCAUCUUUCAUUCUGUCUGUGCUCGUUCGGCUGAAGAGGGAGCGAGGAGCUAUGUCAGUGGAGUGACACUUGGUGAGGAAGCGCACGGUCAACUAUGGAGUGCCGAUAUGUUUUUCAGGUAUGCAUUGCACGUCCGCUAA